AUGCCGCGCACGAUCCUCAUAACAGGAGCUAACCGAGGAAUCGGUUUCUCCAUCGUCCAAGGUUUAGCGGUGCGAAAAUCGUCCGAUCAGCUCAUCCUCGCCGCUCAUUCCGUUGACAAAGCCAACGGUGCAAUAACGGAGUUGCGCAAGCUUGGGAUCACGGCAGAGGUCGAUAGCUUGGCUCUCGACGUCAUGGACGAUGCCAGCAUCAAAGCUGCAGAACAGACAGUUCGUGAGCGAUAUGGAAAGCUUGACAUUUUAAUCAACAACGCGGGUAUAGGCCUCGUCCCGUCUCCUGGAGAAAUCGACAACCUGCGUUCGAUUUACAAUGCGGUCUACGACACCAAUGUAUCCGGAGUCGCCGUAGUCACCUCCGUGUUUCUACCGCUUCUUGCGCUAUCGCCAGAUCCGCGCGUGAUCAACGUCUCGUCUGCUCGCGCAUCAAUCGAACUUGCCAUGUCAGGCGAACUCCCUCCCACAAGGAGCAUCCCGUACAGCGCGUCGAAGACUGCGCUGAACGUACUCACCAUAGAGUACCAGAAGCUGUAUCCGAACGUGCUCUUUCAGACAAACCCGGGAUACUGUAAGACUGGGUUGAAUGGUUAUGAGGGACUUCGAGAUCCAUUGGACGGAGCCGGUGUGGUCGUAGAGUUGGCGAAUGCAGCGAGGGACAAGUACAAGAGCGAAUUUUGGGCGAUGGAGAACGAUGCCGAGGAAUGCUCAACUGUGCCGUGGUAG